AUGGAAUUUACGGUUGAUCGCCUUCACGUUGUUGGGCUCGGGGACACCGUCCUCAUUCUUGGCGCGCAUCUGGCAUUCAUCGGACUGAUUCCUCUGGUCUUCGCACUUUGCCUUACCGGUGAUAUUCUGUGCGAUUUGAUCCCAACCUAUGUGCGACAGGAGCAUUUCAUCGACAGACCAUUGGUGCACAAGGUUUUCUAUCUAAUGAUCCUACUGGGCCAGAUUUCAGUAUUCUAUGGACUUCACAACGCCCGAAACCGGGUCAUGACUUACUACAACGACAUUUUGAGACUCAAAAUGUCGACGGUACAUAUGAGCAUCCAUCCUUCAUACCUCAAACUGUGGUUCUGGCAGGGCGUGGCCUGGCAAGAACUCUUCGAGCGAAAAGUAGUCCCGAUACUCCUGAUGGUAUUCCCUAUUCUGUUGCCGACCCUGGAGCGAUGGUUCCCCUAA